AUGGGAUCACCACUACAGGAAUUGAUAUCACCACCCCAGAAAGAGACAUCGCCGCCCCAGAAGAAGACUCCAACGGCGCAGGAGGAUACAUCACCGCUGCCACGGGGCGAGAAAUCAUUACCGCCGCAGGAGAUAUCACUACCGCAGGACGAGAUAUCACUACCUCACCAGGAAGCAACCUCACUAAGCAAAGAAGAGACAUCGCCACCGGAGGAGGAGACAUUGUGGACACAGCAUCAUGCGCCCAUUAUCAGCGUAGCCGUGAAAGCUCUGGCGGAGCAGAAUAUUCCCGUCGUGGAGUAUGGGGAGCAGAUACAGUGGCGUUACGGAGACCCCGUGGUCCUUCUACGUGUGGAGUGGGCAGUCCCCGAUGGACUACUCUCGCUUGCGUCGGAAAUUUUAUCAAACCUAGGAUUCCCUCGUGUGCCCCCGUCCACAGGAACUGCUGUGGACUACGGAGAAUGGGACCGAGCUUGCAUUAUCCACAGGCUGGGCAAGGACUGUCCCGUUUAUCUUUACCCGCUGUCUUUUGUCGGCCUUGAGCUUCAGGACACCUGCGAAGUCACAUCCACCUUUGACCGCUCGUUGAAGAUCUUGACGCCUAAACCUAACAAAUAUAUGGUGUCGUUGCUUCGUCAUCUCCUCAAUCACCUGCCUGACGAUACUUUCAGACUUCGAGUAAAAGAUGAUUUGCUGUCUUUUAUAUGCUUUUACAUUCUACGCCAAAAGCCACUGAGUACGAAGCAUGGGGAAUGCGACGACGAUGAGAGCGAAGAAGAUUACCAAAACAGAGUCGGAGAAGCAUUGAAGAAAAUGGGAACUUGGGAUUGGGGCGCCGAUGGAAAGGCCUACCUGCGCAUUUCUGAAUCUGUUCUCCGAGACUGUCGAUCUAUUGACCGGCUGGGAGGACCCGGGCACACGCUGGAAGGAUAUCAAUAA